AUGUUUACCAUACGAGGUGGUAUCAAAUAUACUCCUGGGCGGGUACAUUCUGUACUUCCACGUCGUCAGCUUUCAUUAAAGCCUGAUUUUUCCAAGUUUAAAUUGAUUCCUCAACCCCCAGGACAUAUUGUAGGAGAUGUUAAUGACGCUUAUAUUCCACCCGACUCUUCCUUUUAUCAUGGUUCAUAUCAUUGGGCUUAUGAAAGACUCGCAUCUGUUGCUAUGGUUCCUUUAGGGUUAUCUCCAUUUAUAUUUGGUAAUGAUUAUCCUAUGGUAGACUACGCAUUCAGUACCUUGUUACUUUAUCAUGUUCAUAGUGGAUUCCAAUCAUGUAUCAUUGAUUAUAUACCUAAAAGAGUGUAUGGAAUAUGGCAUAAGAUGGCCAUGGGACUUUUAACUUUGGGAUCGUCUGUUGGACUUUAUGGUAUUUAUCUCUUGGAAACAGCAGAUAAUGGAUUAUUUGGUCUUGUUGCUAAGAUCUUUGGUGCAUAG